AAGGCGGCUUUUUUUGAUGGGGAGGGGGGGCGUCUGUCAUUGGCCUCUAAAGACCACUCUGGAAUAAACCACCAUUUUUCUCAGGGAGACAGUGUGAACUGUAGAGAGGGAGAGAGAACCAUGUCUUCGUUGGCCAUGUUCCUCAAGGAGCUUCCAGGAUGGUUCUUAUGGGGAGGAAUCUUUCUGCCGGUCGCCCUGCUCUUGCUGCUGCUCAUAGCUCAUCUGGAGUGGAAACUACAGGAAACAGAGGCAGAGCUGUCGGCGGCACCGCAUCCCAGAGACACGGCGUACCGCUUCUGCUACGGCACACGGCUGUCACCACGACGCCGGGCUGGGCAACGCAUGCACACUUGACGUACCACCGGAGGCGGGAGGACAGCGCCAGAAAGUGCUCUGGACCGUGAGGACUAGACAGAUCUUUGGGUGCAGUGGUGGUGAAUGUUCACCACAAUGGCUCAGAUGACUUCUUGAGAGAGCAUGUUCAAAGCACCCAAAUGGGUCAAUUGUUGGCCUGAUCUAGAACUUCAGGUGAAGACUGUGACAAUACCCUGGGACUGGGAACACAAGGGUCCAUUAAACAUGGAAAGAGAAGGAUCCAAAUGGGUUUCGUAUAAUGUUCAAAAGCCAGUGAAUGUUAAAGGAGAAUUCCGGUGUGAUAUUGACCUAAAGUGUAUCGAAACAUGAUACCGAGUGUGAACGUAUGUCUCAUAGCCCAUCUCGGCUUGUCCCCUGCACUCCAAAAUCU